UGGCGUUCCUGCUGCUAAGUGCUAAGUAGGUCAGUGUAGGGGUCAGUUGUGUGAAGUGAAUCUUUCGGUUUUCGCAUGUCGCAUGGUUUUCGCUGUCGCUGUGGCUGUGACGCUGUGUUUCAUAGUGAGAGAAGAUCUACAAUCGCACAAAGCCUACAACUACAACAAUUGAACAAUUAACGGAUUAAAUAGAGUUUGUGUCCAAGUGAUAGUGAAACUGAAACUGCGAAACUGCAAACUGCGAGCUGCAAGUACCUACUGCAACAUGGACUAUCAACUCCAACUGAUAGAGUGGGGAUUCUGCGAGUACGUUUCCGCAUUCGAAGAAGAAGGGAUUGAUGAUUCCAGUUUCGCAUUGCUGGACGAUGAAACCAUAAGAAAUAUUUUUGAAAAAGCAGGACCCAGGCUACUUUUCACAAAACUGUUCAAUGAUCUGAAAUCAUCGAAUAAAGAAAAUACGAGAGAAAAUGUGUCUAAUAAUUCUGGGCUAAUAAUGGUAGAUACAUCCCAAGAUGCAUCCAUAGAUCCGAGCAUAGCAUCUUCCAUCAUCUCUACCCCUUCAAGUUCAUAUAUAUUUGAACCAGAUGAGGAGAUGAGAAGUUUAUUAUUCGACAAAAGUGGAAUGGAAAUAGAAGAGAUUCCAAAUGACAAAAGAAAGGGUGAAGAUAUGAACCUCAGUAGGCACAAAAAAGUACAAAGAACAUCUCAGAGUAUAUUUCCUCAAGGACUGGUCACUUUGUUAGAAAAAUAUACUGAUGGUAAAAUUGUUAUACUGAAUAAGAAGAAACUAAAUAAUGAUCACCGCCAAAAACUAUGCAAGGUCAUAGUUAAUGAACUGAUUUCUCUGUUUGGUCCUGAUCUAAGAGCACACCAGUUCGUGCAAGUUUGUGAAGAAAUUGAAAGGGUUUUCGAAAAUGAACUAACAGAAACUUAUUAUAUCCCAUACUCAGCUGGGGGAGAAAAAUCAAAGAAAGGUUCUGGGCCAAAAGGCAAAUUAUGGUGCAGGUAUGUGAAUGUGAGGGCUGCUUUACGGUUGGCAAAUGCUCAAAAGAAACCUCUAGAAAUUGAAAAGAGAAUGAGUCCUGAGGAGAACAUCGAGAACAUGAAACAAUUAGAUUUUCUGAAAGUAGGUGUAGAGCCAUACACUAAAAUUCUGUCAGCUUGGGAAGACACACAUAAGCUUAGGCGUAAAUUGUACCAGAACACUGAACUUUCCAAAAUAUUCAAUGACUUCCCAUGUCUCAGAAUGAAUUCUGGCAUUGAACUGAUCGAAACAGAUUUCAAUAAUAGGUUCCCUGAUAAAAUCGAUCGAAUAUAUUCAGAAUUUCCUAAAGUGGCACAAGCUAUAUUGAAAGAGGCUGCGGAACGAAAAAUCGAAAUUGAUUCAAGGAAAGAUGAAUCAACAGAAGCUCUGCUCAUUCUUCCUUUUCUGUUUUCUCCAAUAACCCUAAAAAAAAAACAGAAAGGGCAUUACAUGGAAACCCACUAGAUCUGAAGUUCAGGAGAGUUUUUUUCUACAUGUCACGGUUAGUCAUUAGCAACUGUGUAUUGUUGAGUUUGAUCAAGGUGGAAUUUAUAAUCAAAUACAAAUUGUCCAAUGCCUGCCUUCCCCAUAACUUCUAAAUCGUAUACAGCGUGUCUCAUAAUUAGCGUGCAAUACUUCACCAACAGAUUUUACGAUCAACAAUAAGAAAAAAAGUUCCCAUAAACUUGGGUCUAGUACUCCGAUAGUACCCUGAAGAUGGUUUUUAUUUUGAAUCUCAUAAACUGUUGAUAGCAGAAUUAUGAAAUUCUGCACGUCGGCUAAUCUUUUUAUGUUUAAUAAUAUGCGAUGAUCAUAAUUUCAAAAUUUCAUCCAGAAAUUGGUCAAACUGUGGGGGCUGUGGCGUAAAAUCACCCCAACUUUUUUAAUUGCAGUUUUUCUGCAACUUCAUCAUACAACUCAUGAAAUCAUGAAACUCUGAACCCUUUUGCAUGAAAAGGUUCCUUUGUUUAACUCUUAUAGGAAGCGCAGUUCUAGAGCAAAAUCGAUUUGAACGAUAACAUGCAAGGUAAUUUAUGAAGCAUUUUUCAACCCAAGUUCAUAGGAACCUCUCUUUAUUUUUGAUCGUUAAAUAAAUAUGCUGGUGAAAUAUUGCACGCUAAUUAUGGGACACCCUGUAUAUCACGAAUAAUGUUAUAUACAAAUAUCAAGUGGAUAUUAAUUUUUUAAAUAUUUCUCCAUGUCUCCAUGUCAUUCUUGAAUAUAUUAUUUCUAGAACUAUGAUGAGCUAGAAGAGAGGAUAACUACUAGAAGGACCAAAUUGAGGAGUUAUGGAAUGACCAUGCAACCAUUUGCUGUUAUAGUUAAUGAAACCAAGAACUUUUAUAUCGUUAUUGACGAUGUCAAAUACAAACUUGAGUCUGCAAUAAGAACACUGGAGUUAUUGUUCAAAUUUUUCCAUGCCCUGGAUGUGGAGUACCCUACUGAAUGUGAGCAUGUGUGGUUAUUCAUCCAAGACUUAGUUUUUUCCAUGAAGUCAACAAAAAAAUGCCCAUCAACGGUAACUCUCAUAUCUGAUUUAGCAUAUCAUUUGAGUAUGAAGUAGGACCUAAUAGUUUCACUCUUUGAUUGCAGUUCCUGGCUUGAAUUAGUUGACUAGUCAUCAUUUAUUUUUGUACCUUGUGAAGUAAUGUUUUAGUUAUCACUCAUAAAAUGCCGAACUGUAGCAUUUGUUAUAAUCGUUUUUUCACAAUUAAUGCUCUAAUUGUUCAUUUGAAAAUUAUCCAUAGAUGUGAUGCUAAUAGCCUUUACUUUUGUGCUGAUGGAAACUGUAAAAGAAAUUUUCCAUCAUUAAAUUCCUUUCGUAAACAUUUGAAAAAUCAUGUAAGUUGUCACCAAACAUGUAAUUCAGAAGUUUCUACUCUCAGUAAGGAAGUCAGUCAUUCAGAUGAUGGAAAUGGAGUUUUUGAAGAAACUCAGCAUUCUAUAACUGUUUCCAAAAUCAUUGCAGAUGGAGACAUUGUUGAUUUACACAGUGAAUUCAAAAAUGCAAUCAUACAGAAUAAUAUUUCAUUCAUUUGCAAAUUUUACAAUGAAAAAACUUUCUGCAGGAAAGAUAUUCAAAAAGUAAUGAAUUAUGUGAGUGAAUUACUUGGAAAACCACUGAAUAUUUUCAAGAAGUUUUUUCUAGAACAAGUUUCACAAAAAUAUUCUAUAUCUGAUAUUGAUAAAGACCAAUUCAGGAAAUUUAUGGAAGAAUUAGAAAACAUGUUUGAUGACUUCAGAAGUGAACAUUUACGAUUGAAAUAUUUGGAAGAAUCAGGAUAUUACAUAAAACCUAUUGAAUAUGUCAUUGGUCAGCGUUUGGUAAAUAAUAAAAAAUCAGAACCAUCUCCAAAAAAUUAUACUGCUCAACAUAUUCUAUUAAGGAAUGUUCUAGAAAAAUUCAUGUCUUUACCAAAUAUCUUACUUGAAACUAUUCAGUACAUGGAAAAGUUGAGAAGUGAACCAUCAAUACAAAAUAUAGUUCAGACCAAAUUUUGGAAAGCGAAAAUUGAUGUUUAUGAGGAAAAUGAUAUUGUCAUACCAUUAUUCAUAUAUUUUGAUGAGUUUGAAAGUGGAAAUCCCCUUGGCUCUCAUUCAGGUAUCCAUAAAUUAGGUGCCAUUUACUGUUCAAUUGCAUGUUUGCCACCAGCAUUUGAAUCACGUUUAGAGAACAUAUUUUUGAUAUCUUUAUUCCAUGCAUCAGACUUGAAAGAAUUUGGUGAAAAUGUGUUAUUCAGAAAAAUGGUAUUUGAAUUAAACCAUUUGAAAAGAGAGGGGAUCACUGUGAAAUUACCUGAUAAAAAUGUGAGAUUAUAUUUUUGUACUGCCUUAUUUUUGGGUGAUAAUCUUGGCCUCAAUACAAUACUUGGUUUCAAAGCAGGAUUCCGGUCAAAUUCAUUUUGUCGUUUCUGUAAGCUCAUCCGAGCAGAAACAGAAAUAUCAACCAUUGAGAAUUCAACAAAAUUACGAAAUAUUGACAAUUAUUCAAGCGAUUUAGCAGCCAAUAACUCUUAUUCAACUGGAAUACAUUUCUCCCCGAUUUUAAAUAAUAUUGAUCUCUUCCAUGUCACGGAAAACUAUUGCGUUGAUAUAGCGCACGACAUUUUUGAGGGAGUAGGGGUAUUUAUUAUGUGUGAGCUAUUGUAUCAAUUCGUCAUCGUAGAUAAAUAUUUCUCUCUAGAAAUUUUGAACAAUAAGAUACAAUUCUAUAGCUUCACUGCAAAUCAUAACAAACCACCACUUAUUUCCCAUGAAAAUCUGAAGAAAAAGUCUUUGAGAAUGUCUGCAUCUGAAAUGAAGAAUUUCAUUCUACAUGCAGGUUUGAUUCUUGGGAAUUUGAUACCAGUAGGUAACAAACAUUGGCAGCUCUAUAUUUAUUUAAGAAAGAUAUUGAGAAUUGUACUGAGCAACUUUGUUACAUCAGCUAUGUGUAAAGAAUUAACUGAAUUGAUAAGUCAUCAUCAUGCACUUUAUAUGAAAUUAUUUUCUCUGCCUCUGAAACCCAAGUUUCAUUUCAUGACACAUUAUCCAUCAAUUAUCAACAAAGUUGGUCCAUUAGUGAAAACUAUAACUUUGAGAUAUGAAUCUAAGCAUCGACAGCUUAAACUUGCUGCCAAUGUUGUUUCUUCUAGAGUUAAUAUUACCCAUACACUUGCUGUGAAACAUCAAUUACAGUUGGCUUCACGAUUGGUUGAUAAGGAAGGUUUAGUGAAUUCAAUCUCAUUUUCACAGAACAAACCCUCGAAUAGUAACAUCAAUGACAUUCUUUCAAGUAUUCAUUUAGAAGAGUUCAAAACAAAUGUCAUCAAUGUGCACAGAAUAACUUAUAAUAAUACAGUUUUCAAAAUAAAAGAUGCAAUUGUGAUUUCUUGUGAUGAAUAUCCAAAAUUUGGAAUUAUCACAGCAAUAAUAAUAAGUGAAGAAAAACAUAUUUGUUUCAUUUAUAACAUAGUAGAAAAUAUAAGCUUUUGUGAACAUUUAUUUGCUUAUGAAGUGAAAGAAUCUCAUGAUAUACAGUAUAUAUUACUGAAUGAUAUUUAUUAUUUUGACACAUUUGGAACUGUUUUACGUAAUGGUAAAAGAUACAUCACACUUUUCUCAUAAACAUCUAUUUUUAGUAUGUUAUAUUUCAUAUGAGUACACUGUCUCCAACCAUCUUUCAAAUGUGCCUCAAAUAUUCUGUUGCAACUAACAACUUCGUUUCAAUUCCCUGUGAUUGGUUUUCAAUUAUCAUAAACAAUCUAGACAUUUUCUCCUGUACACUUCAUGUCAGUGGAAAAUGCACGAAGAGGUUAUCGAAAAUAGUCCACCUACUCGAGCUAGUUCAGUCGGAAUUUUGAGAAAGAGAUCUACCAGAAACUAAAAUAAUCGAGAAAUUGUCUACAAAGGGUGUAACAAAUUCGUGGCUGAGCAGUUGGAUCUCGGUACCCUUAAGAGAUACAGAGUCGGUCAAAUCAGGACAAAGUUACGCUUUUUCAAGCUCAAAGAAAUGCUGCUUCAAAGUUUGAAAAUUUCCAAUCAUUUCCGGAGACAUCCACAGAAUAACAAAAUUGUGCAAAAUUCUUUUCAAUAAUUUCUCAUCAGUUUAUUUGAAGAGAUAUUUUGGAAUGAAUGACACUUCAUCAUUGUCACGACGUUUCUACUUCAAGCAGCCACCAGCUUUAUUUUUUAAAAACGGACCUUGAUUUUUCAUUUCGUUUUUCGGUAGUUCUCGACCUCCUCGAUACAAUGAUUUACUACAAAAAUCAAAUCAAUAUUUCAGUGGUAAAAAUUGGUUGGUUGAUUAUUGUUGUUGUUGCAUCAUCGUAUCGAGGAGAUCAAAAAAUAUCGAAAGACAAAAUAAAAAAUCCAGGUCCCUAUGUAAGAAGAUGAAGUUGAUGGUGAUGGCUGCUUGAAGUAGAAACGUCGGAUUUUCAAUUUGACAAUUCCUUUUUGUGGAGGAGAAAAAGUGAUAAUGAUGACGUGUCAUUUAUUUCAGAAUAUCUCUUUAAAUAAACUGAUGAAUGAAUGACAACUAUUUUGCACAAUUUUGUUUGUGCAUACCCAGAAAUGAUUGGAACUUCGAAGCAUCAUUUUGUUGAGCAUGAAAUAGCGCAACCUUGCCCUAAUUUGACCUACUUUGUAUCUCUUGGGGAGAAGGUAUACCAAGAUCCCCAUGCUUAGUCACGAAUUUGUUACACCCUGUAUAUCAUAUGCAUCGAAAAGAACGUUUAUUUGUAACCCGCAAAGAAUAUUUGAGUUCCACAUACAUUUUUUCAGCAAAAUAGUACCAAGUUGACUCGAGACAGCUAUCCCUAGGAGUGAUAUUUUGAUUUGAUAGGUAUAUUAUUAUUUAUUUUUUUUUAAACUCAGUUAUAGUUGAGAUUUAAGGUAUAGGUCUCUUGAAUGUAGAUAUACCAAUUUGUUCCUAUUAUUUUAGCUUGUAGGUAUUCUUCAAGAAAUUAAUUUAUUUUGUCAAACCAUUUCCACUCAUUGAAUGGAGUUAUUGUUUAUUUUGGUUGAACCAAUAAAAAUUUGUAUGAUUGUGUGCUGAAUAAAAAUACUUUUUUUCUGAUUUUAUAUUUUCAUUGCCUUUCAUCAACAGAAGUAGGUAUUUAAUUUUGGUUGCAUCAGUGAAUUUUCAUUAGAACAGUAAAAGUAGUCCUGAACCAAUCCUAAACGAAUCCAGUUAGGUCAAGUUGAUAAUCAAAUCAUUUUCCAUCAACAAAUUUUAGAAAAUUAAUAAAUAUCAUCUAUUGGGUUCAUUUUUUUGAACUUCUUUUUAGUUUGGCUACUUCAAUUUGUUUUGCCUAUAUAGACAUCCUUUCCUGUUAUUGAGAGAGUAUCAUUAGGAUACAAUUUUCUAUCAAGACUCAGCAAUAUUCUGUUAAUAUCAAUUAUUGCUUUUUCCUCUGGGUACAGCAUGACCUGUCCUUAUUAAAUUAUUUUACACAAGUCAAAGUUCGAAGCAAUAGUCAAUAUAGACAGAAUAUUGAUGUGAAUCUUGAUAGAUAAUUCGUAUCUUAGUGAUACUCUCUCAAUUAUGUACAGAAGAGGAAAGUGAAGGUGAAAACGAUUUGGAGUAAUCUCCACUGAAGAAGCUCCAAAAAAAUGAAUGUAAUAUAUA